AUGGGCAUACGAGAACCAACAUCGUCACAAACAGAAUUUUUCGACGCAUGCCGUCGGGGCGACAUCGAGAAGAUCAAAACUUACAUCACAAACAAGAAGAGUAAAAGACCAAGAACACCGUUAAAGAAGUACGGUGGUGUUGAAGAGGUGAGCACGGAGCCGGGUGUACCUGGUCUUCUUCACUACAUCCUCGAUGCUCUUGUACGCUCCCCAAGCCGCUCGCCUCCUCCAGCCCAGCUCGGGGGUCAGAUCGUUCAUCAUGUUCAAUUACCGAUCCAGAUAAACAUAGCUGAUGCAUUCGGAUAUGUUCGUUCCAUUGAGCGUGAAUGGGGCAUGCGAGACCCAUCCGUUCCGCAUGAACAUCGUAUUUUGUAG